GAAAAGGAGUAAGACCAGUCAUUUGAAUCAGGAAAACUGUUACUUAUGGCUGUCCUUGGAGGGGAGCUGUAAAAUUCAAAUACUGCUUGCAAACAACAGCGGAUUAAUAAAGUGGAACCGAACUGACGUCACUUUUGAUGGUACAAGGGGACAGAAGAGAGCCUUGCUCUGAAGAUGUCUGGUGAUGAAUAUUCCUUUUUAAAAGUGAGAAGACCUUCAGUGAGACGCAGCUCUCCGGUGGAGGGUGCGCAUUCUGAAUGUGUGAGAUCCUGUGAAGCUCUGUCCGAAGAAAUGGAGGGCAGGAAGCCCAUUCCUGGACCUCCCAUGUCUAAAACACCUCUUCCAGAGGAGCCAGGCCCCAGGGAAAAGCAAAGUAUCAGGGCUCCGACUCCAAGAAAGAGACUUUCUACAGUGAAUGCUUCUGAAGAACCUAGUGACCAGCCCCUGGGCUCAACAGUGCAACAGGAGGAUCAGCAAGUUGAGAGUUCCAAGAAGAAGGCAAAGGCAUCCUUCAUGAAAAAGUCCCGUCCUGGGGCUAAUGAAUUACCUGGCCCCAGAAAGACUAUAACAAGAAAAAUGAAGAAGCAUUUGCUAAAGAAGAAACACACGGUAGACAAAGUCCGGCAAUGGGAACUACGCCAACUUAAGGAUAUUGAAGAGGCCACUAACUGGGAGCUGACGAUUGAGAUGGAAUAAAAUCUCAUCUAGGAACCUGAAAA